UCCAUUGAGAGUAGUGGUGUGACUCCUUCUUCUCCAACAGAAAGGAGAUCAAAUGGAAAAAGAACAUGGACAAACAUGUGGAUAAGACUGAAGGAAACCAAAGUUAUAAGUGCAAGAGAGACAUUACCACGCCACCACCACAUCCGCGCCUCCCGCCAUACUUGGACAACACCUGACGCGAGCGCUACAUGUGAUCUGCAGGUGUGUGAGAGCCGAGACACCAGCCAGACUCAGGGAGAGGGCAAGGCCAGACCCGUAACACCUGACUGGGAGGGCUUUUGUGCAGCGGCAGGAGGAGCGGGAGGGCGUGGAGGGAAGAUGAUGAGCUGCGGAUAUCAUCACUCCUCCACUCUCAGCCACUCCUCCUCCUCCUCCUCCUCCACAUCAUCAUCAUCAUCAUCAUCAUCAUCAUCGUCAUCAUCAUCCUCUUCCUCCCUCCUUCUUCUCCUUCUGCAGUUCUUUCUUCUUACCUCCGCCCUCCUCGUCGGUGUAACCAGGGCGGCCUCGAAUGCAGCAGGUUUAAGUGGCAGUAGCAGCAACAGCAGCAGUAAUGGCAGUAGCAGCAGUAGUGGUGGUGGUGCUGGUGGUGGUGAUGGCAGCAGCAGGGCAGGGGCCAAGAACGUGACAGUCCACGUGUACCCACGCAUCAACAGACAGCUGCCCAACUUUUCCUACAGGUCAGGCAGCAUACGACAAAUCACGCCGGGCGCCCACAUCUCCCGCGUUCUGGACAACCUCCUCCUCGGCUACGACCAGAAGCUGCGGCCUUCCUUCGGGGGUGAGCCAACCACGGUGGAGAUUGACAUUGAAGUGAGGAGCAUGAGUCAAAUUUCCGAGAUGGACAUGACAUACUCCAUGGACUGCUACUUCCGCCAGUCUUGGGUGGACGAGCGACUGGCAUUCUCUGGGCUGGACGCCUCUGCCAUCACGCUGUCCGUCUCUGCACUGGACAAGCUGUGGAAGCCAGACACCUUCAUUCACAACGGCAAGAGAAGCUACGUGCACCUCAUCACCACGCCCAACAAGUUCAUCCGCCUCGCCAAGACAGGAAGGGUUCUCUACUCCUCCAGGCUGACCAUCAAGGCCACUUGCCCCAUGAAGCUACACCAGUUCCCGAUGGACACCCAACGCUGCCCACUCCGUCUUGGCUCAUUCGCUUACACCACCCGCGACGUGCUGUACCGCUGGAACGCCGCCCGCCAGGUUGUCACGGCGCCCGACCUCAUGCUCUCCCAGUUUGAUCUAAUCGCUACGCCCUCCAGCUUCGAGAACACCACCCGCAGGACUGGCGAGUUCUCCACACUGCUGGCGUCCUUCCACCUGCAGCGACACAUGGGCAACUUCCUGAUCACAGUGUACGGGCCGUGUGUGCUGCUGGUGGUGUUGUCUUGGGUGUCCUUCUGGCUGAACAGGGAGGCCACGUCUGACAGAAUCUCCCUCGGCAUCACCACGGUGCUCACCAUGACCUUCCUGGGCCUGGAAGCUCGCACAGACCUGCCCAAGGUGCCCUACUCCACCGCCCUCGACCUCUUCGUCUGGAUCUCCUACGGCUUCAUCUUCGCCACCAUCAUCGAGUUCGCCUUCGUGCACCUGUUCACUAAGGUAGGGUCGGGCGAGGUGUACCUGUCCUACUGCAGUUCAGACGUGGACUCUGAUGACGACGAAGACGAGGACGACGAGAACGAAGAGGAUGAAGACGAGGAAGCAGAAAGGGAUGAAGAGGAGGGGGAAGAGGAUGGGCAUGAGAUUUACGAGGAAAAGAGGGAAGAGGAGCAGCAGGAAAGAAAUAUACAGCAAAUACAGAAUGCCUCCGUGUGCCUGGCGACCGGGCGCGGCGUGUCGGUGCUGCCCCUGGUGCUGCACACGACGGGGCCCAACGGAGUGGGGUCCUCGCGCCUCAGAAGCCCCAAUCCCAGCCGCCCACGCUGCUCCUCCUCCCUUGUGCGGCGACUCGCGGGACUGUGCGACCGCCGGAAGCGAAGAGGGGAGAGUACAGACGAGCGGAGCAGCGACAGCCGGAGCCUGGAGGAGUGGCGGCGGGAGCGGGAGCGGGAGGGCAGCAAGCGAGAGACAGGGAAGCAGUUCACCAUCAAGGCCAACUCAGUGUCCGACAUCGACAAGGUGUCCCGCGUGCUGUUCCCCCUCGCCUUCCUCGCCAUCAACCUCGUCUACUGGCUCACCUACCUCUCCAACGACCCCUGGCCCUCCUCCCACCUAUAGUGCCACUCCUAUUCACAGUGUCAUUCCUCUCAUCCUCCUAUAUUUAGUGCAACUUUAAUCCUUCCCAGUACAGUGCCACCACCUCUCCAAUGAUCCCUGGCCCUUCUCCCACCUAUAGUGCCACUCCUAUCACUCCUAUUCACAGCGUCCCUCUAUUCAUCCUCCUAUCUUUAGUAUCACUUUAUCUCCUCCCAGUACAGUGCCACUAAUUCUCCAAUGACCCCUGACCCUCCUCUCACCUAUAGCGCCACUGCUCCCACUCCUUCCAUCCAUAAUGCCAGUCCACUCAUUUUCCUUUCUUUAGUGCCACUUUAACCCUUCCCAGUACAGUGCCACUUCCUCUCCAAUGACCCCAGGCCCUCCUCCCAUCUAUAGUGCCACUCAACCUUCCCUCUUUCCUAUAGUGCCACUCUUUUCAUUCUCAUUUCCUCUUCAGUGCCACACCUUUUGGCGUUUUUUGCCUUUUGUGCCAUUUUCCUCACUAUCCUGCCAUUUAAAUAGUGCCACUCCUUUCAUCCUCCUUUCACCUAGUGCCAUCUAUCAUUUUCUUUUAUCUGCAGUGCCAAUCCCUUCACUUCCUCCCAUUCUCAGUGUCACCCCUUUCAUCCUCCCCUCAUCUCCCUCUACACUACAGUUUUGUCUUGCAGCUUUUUUCCAUCUUUAUGUCCAUUGUUAGAUUCCUUGUAUUGCCAUCUGAUCCACUGUACCGUCUGUUGGCUUAUCCCCUAGUCCUGUACCGUGUCUUGGCCUGCUGUACCGUAUUUUUACCCAGUGUAACAUUCCUUGGCUCACUGUAACAUCCCUCACCCCAAUUAUACCGUCACUUGGACCACUGUAGCUUCUCUUAACCCAGUGUACCGUUCCUUCAUCCACUGUGCUAUUCAACUGACUUACUGUACCAUGUCUAGUCUCACUGUACCAUUCACAGACAAAUCUUACUUUCCCUUCAAACACUGCACCCCCCUUGCCUAACUGUACCGUCCCUCAAUCCACCGCGUUACGUGUUUACUGACCCAGUGUACCGCGUACCGUCAUCUGAUCACCACUGGGCCACGGUCACCCUUGAAGCUCAAUCACAUUGGAAUACAAGGAAAGAAUAAGUAGCAGCAGAUCUGUUGGCCAUUACGAGGCUGUUUGUGAUAAGACACAUUAUGUGGUUUACAAUACGAAGAGUAGGAUAGAAAAGUCGAAGGCUUCUCCCCACCAACCCUUAACAGAUAACCAUGUUUCUGAUAGUACGAUAAGUUUUUUUUUUCAGCUAUGUUAGUCAGUGUAAUGGCUGUCGUGUCUCCGUGUUCCUCUGUGUGGUAAGGAAAGACACCUUUAUGUCGUUGUGCCGCCCAUGAGAUAGUCAGAUACCCACACCUACAGUUCACGUCUUUGUUCGUGCUUUAUUUCGUAUGCCCUCUCCAGCCUCGCCCUUCCCUCUUGUGUACCGGUCACUCCGCAGCUCAAAUAUAUCACGGAUAGCACCACAUUCCUGCCUGAGUGACGUGCUGUGUUCCGAUAUUCAGUAAGUGAAGCUAAAUGUGCUGAGGCCAUCGUCUUAUGCAUGGCAGUGAUUUGGUAUUGUUCUUGUCUCCUUACAGUCCGCAGUUGCUGUUUCUAGUGAUGCUUCCUCUUCCUCUGCUGUGACCUAUGUUCUAGGCUGACAAGUGCCACCUGUGUUGACUCGCCGCACCGCUGUUCAUCAUACCAUUCCCCUCUCCAUGCCUAUUCCCCUCCCGACAGGAGUCCAGCUUAAUCAAGAUAGUGAACAGCCAGGCGAACAGACCCGACUAGAUCAGGAUUCUUCAAAAGUACGGAUCGAGACUCAAAACUGGAUCGUAACCAUAAACUGAUAUACGAAUAUGAACAGUAAAUCAAAAUAAGGUGUGUGUGUGUGUGUGUGUGUGUGUGUGUGUGUGUGUGUGUGUGUGUGUGUGUGUGUGUGUGUGUGUGUGUGUGUGUGUGAAUCAGUUCCCAUAUGAGAGGUAUAAAGGUACAAUAGAAUAAACGCACUGGGUCGUGAAGGAAGUAUAUAAAAUCAAACUGUCUUUUGAUAAAAAAAAAAAAAAAACUUUGAACAACUCUGCCCAAGAUGACAAAAGUGUGUCCCAGAUUGAUGUUACCUUUCCCUGAUAAACUUCUCUGUCACCGAUCCCUUUGUUGGCAAACGCAGCCAGCGUGGC